AGCGUUGAUCUGGUUGAAUUGAGCUGCAAAAAAGAUGAAGUUUGGGAAAAUAUUUAAGAAGCAAAUGGUGCCAGAGUGGGUAGAAGCUUAUAUGGAUUACAAUGGCAUGAAAAGGGUUUUGAAAGAAAUACGUAGCUACAAGCACAGUAAGCUGACUAGAGCAGCGUCGAGAGUGUCGCAGCAGGCGGAGGCGUUGCACCGUUCGUUUAGUGGUUUGUCGUUCCAUCCUAGGCAUAGUGAACAUGCAGGGGAUAUUGAGGACCAAGUCAUAAAAGUUGACACGGUGCAGGAAGAUGGUUCUCGCAAGUUGUACGAGACAAAGUUUCUUAAAAAGUCUGAAGAAGGAGGGGAAUUCGAAGAGUUGUUCUUUAAGAAGCUUGAUGAGAAUCUAAACAAAGUUAACAAGUUUUACCGGGAUAAAGUUGAGGAAGUGCUGGAGGAAGCGGCUUUGCUAGAUAAACAAAUGGAUGCCUUGAUUGCGUUAAGGGUCAAGAUGCAAAAACCUGAUGCAGAUAAUCUGAAUUUGGAGAAGCAUCCCUCUGAUAAGGUUGUAGUAGAUACAUCUGAUAGCACAAUGAGAUCACCGGGGACUGCGAACACAGAUAUGGUACAUGGUAUUGAAAGAACUAACAUUCCAGAAGAAGAGGCCUCCCAUAUCGUGGCUGAUAUUGUCCCGGUUUCUCAUACUGAUGGAGAUGAAGAGGAAGCCAGUAUUGGUGAUAAGCAGGAUCUCCGUGAAAUUCUUGAACGUGUUAAGAUGAAUGAUGUGCUUGAAUCUCCUAUAUCUACCUUAAAAGGAGUUUUUGGGGAUUCUAAUGAACCAAUCUCUAAGAAAGGGUUGAAAAAAGCAGAGGAACAGUUGAGGCUUGUAUUUAGUGAGUUCUAUCAGAAACUUCGUCGUCUGAAGGAAUAUAGUUUCAUGAAUCUUCUGGCAUUUUCAAAAAUCAUGAAGAAGUAUGAGAAGAUUGCUUCGAGGAAUGCAUCCCGGAACUACAUGAAAAUUGUGGAUAAUUCAUUGAUUGGGAGUUCUGAUGAGGUUAACAGACUCCUGGAGAGAGUAGAGGUAACUUUCGUUAAGCACUUUUCAAGUGGUAAUCGAAGAGAAGGCAUGAAGUGUCUAAGGCCAAAAGUUAAAAGAGAAAGGCACAGGGUUACAUUCUUCUCUGGUUUUUUUUCUGGUUGCUCUAUUGCACUUGUUAUUGCUGUUGUUUUCAAGAUAGAAAGUAGAAAGAUCAUGGAGAAGAACUACGCGAAUAUUUACUUCUGGAGGCGUUAUAGAGUCAACUAUACCUUCAUCUUUGGUUUCAAGCAGGGAACAGAGUUGGGUUACAGAGAAGUUUUCCUGGUUAGCACCGGUCUUGCGGUUCUUGCUUUCAUCUGUUUCCUGCUAAAUUUGCAGCUUGAUAUGGACUGGAGGAUGAAAGAUCAUAAGACACUCCCUGAAGUUAUUCCUUUGGGUUUGGUCACUAUUGUUCUUUUCAUACUUUUUUGUCCUUUCAACAUCAUAUACCGCUCAAGUCGGUUUUUCUUUAUACGAUCACUGUUUCACUGCAUAUGUGCUCCUCUCUACGAGGUCACACUUCCAGAUUUUUUCUUGGGAGACCACCUAACCAGCCAGGUACAAGCCAUAAGGAGUUUUGAGCUAUUCAUUUGCUACUAUGGAUUAGGAGAGUACUUACAGAGGCAAAACAAGUGUCAUAGUCAUGGUGUUUACAAUGCCUUCUACUUUGUCGUUGCUGUUAUACCCUACUGGCUCCGCUUUCUCCAGUGCAUACGCAGAUUAUGCGAAGAAAAAGAAUCCGUACAUGGAUACAAUGCUCUGAAAUAUAUGUUGACAAUCAUUGCAGUCAUUAUAAGAACAGCUUAUGAACUGAAAAAGGGUCGCACUUGGAUGAUUUUGGCUCUUGUAAGCUCAGGUGUAGCGACAGGAAUGAACACAUUCUGGGACAUUGUUAUAGACUGGGGACUCCUCCGUAGGCAUUCCCAGAAUCCAUACCUAAGGGAUAAACUGCUUGUCCCUCACAAGAGUGUCUAUUUUGCAGCCAUGGUAGUGAAUGUGAUUCUAAGAGUGGCAUGGAUGCAGCUAGUGCUAGAGUUCAACUUGAAGUCACUUCACAAAAUCGCAGUAACAAGCAUUAUUUCAUGUUUAGAGAUUGUUCGCCGGGGAAUAUGGAGCUUCUUCAGGUUGGAGAAUGAGCACUUGAACAAUGUGGGUAAAUACAGAGCCUUCAAGUCAGUUCCACAUCCUUUCCAUUACUAUGAUGACGACGACAUUGACAAAGACGACUGAGCCAUCGUAAUGAGUUAAUAACACACACACUCUCUCUGUGAUUAUGUCUGAUGAUUGACCACUAAAAUAAUACAGAUCUUAGCCUUAA